AUGGCCGCCCAGCGAGGACCCCAAGAGCGGAGCACAUACGCCCAGCCAUCCAUCCACCCCCUGGGGGAAUUUGACCAGCUUUGCGAGAGCCUCUGGACUAUGCUGCGCGAACACGGAAUGGCUUACCGCCGAGCAGCAAAACUAGUGGCUACAUGGAUUCGUCCAGUGACCCGCCGGCGCCAUUACAGACACCCACCACAGGCAUCCGUGAAGGCCGCCAGGCUACGUAAACACCGCCACUCUCAUGGGCGGGAAACAACGCCAUGUUACAUGGGCGACCGCACCUGCCCCCACAUUCAGGAGACAAAGACCAUUCAACCAGCCUUCCACGCCAGCUACUCACCUGACCCGAGGACCGGUGUCCAGCAGAGCUUGACCCAGUCCCUCCAAGCUACAACCGCAAACCGGGGAGACGCACAGCUAAACUUCCCACUAAAUGCUGCUGGAGCGGAGUCCCAGUCCAGGGGCGCCUUCAAGGAGUCAAACGUCGACGGCAAGAGACACGUCCAUGCAACGGGCAUCGGCUAA